AUGGAGACGGAAAUCCCCACUACAGCCGUUGGAUCCUCGGACAACCCGAACUCUGGUAAUAAUCUCAAGAGGAAGCGAAGGCCUCGUGCGCCGAUAGCUUGUGGUACAUGUCGAGCUCGUAAAGUCAAGUGUGAUGGUAGUUCGCCAUGCUCCAACUGUGUUCGACACGAAUUCUCGUGCUCGUACAAAGAAGGACCGGAAGACUCACCGAGUAAGAGGUCAUCCUCAUACGAUCCCACCGGCCGCCUGCAACAACGUUUGCAGCCUCAACCUCAGCUGAUACCCCAGCCACAGCCGUCAUUGCCUGAGCAUCUUCAUCCGUCGCCAGUUAGCCUAGAUGAACCAAUCAAGCACGAGAACCCAAUUCAGCUGAACCCACAGGAGCCUAGCCGCAUGGACAGAGGCUCAUCAACAUCUUCGGAACAAGAGGUGGACGGUCUUGGUCAGGUCAACGAGCACACCGAGGGUGCCGAGUUUUACGGACCAACGGGAACUUUUUACUUCCUCGCCCGGCUUCGCUCUCGGGCGAACACACAGAAACAACCGGAAAUCGGCACGCAUCGGAAGCAAAGCUCCAUUGUAAAUCUCCUGCACAGUUCGGAUUACUCGACGCCCCCGGACUCUCGCAUCCUCGGCCAGAACCAAUUUGCAAAGGCAAGUCCGCAGAGUAAUGGCGGCAGAAGGGAGUCGUACCAGCAAGGAGUUGUUGCCGACGUCUUUCUCAGCGCGGUGGAUGCCGCGUUCGCGACGGAGGUUGAGCGGGAAUGUGUUCGACUGUACUUCCAAAAUCUGCACAACAUCCACCCAAUCCUUGAACAGAUGACCUUUCUCAAGAGAUGCGAGGAAGAAAUAUGGUCGAGGCUUUCAAGGCCAGAUAUAAUGAUCUCUUCGCAAAUGCGCCGUGAGGCAAGGUUCUUGGCACUUUAUAAUGUUGUCAUUGCUAUCGGGGCCAUCACCGCCGGUGAGACGUCCUUACUCAUGGAAGACCACACCAAAGAGUUCUUGGAUCGCACUGGACAAACCAGCGACGAAGAGGCACUCUACCCACCUAUUCGUCUGGCAAGAAGAUUCUUUGAAAGGUCGAGGCUUCACCUUGAAGAUAUUUGCGAGUCGAGUUCGCUUGAAACUGCGCAGACACUGUUUCUCAUGUCGGUAUUCGGUCAAAACGCGCUGAAACCUCACAGCUGCUACAUGUAUAGCGGCAUGGCGAUAAGAACUGCGUCGGCCAUGGGUAUCCCGACUAAUACCCGUUCUGAGACAAGCCCAGAAAGCUUGCUUUGGUGGUCGCUCUACUCACACGAGAUGACUACGUGCUCCAAGCUCCUACUCGAUACCGUUCCCAAAGACAUCUUGAAGCAUUUCCCCAAUUCGGCGUACUGUCUCAUCAACCCUAUGGUUGACCUAGCCAAGAUUCUCAUGUGGAUGACGGACAACUUGGGUCUGCACAGUAGUCAUACAUCCUUCCAAAGGCUAUCACAGACUGCACUCAACCUGGAUCGAGAGUUGGAUGACUGGAAGUCUGGGUUACCAAGACAGCUCCGUUUUGAUACAUCAUCCCUGGAAGACAGCGAAUUUGCCAUGAAGCAAAAGACCGUUCUCAAGCUACGGUUCCUGAACGCCAGGAUUCUUCUCCAUCGACAGUUCAUCAUAUCAAAGACACAAGAAGCGGACCGGAACACGGUCUCGCGACACGUUACGUCGUGCGUCAAAGCUGCCACCGAGACCAUCAAGUUUAUGCACACGAGCUAUCUACAUCGACCAUACUUCAGGACAUGGUGGUACAACUGCAUGUACCUACUCGAUGCCUGCAUGGUCCUCCUCCAUGUCCUCAUCUCCAACAUCUGCCCAUUCCCCGCCGAAGAGGUCAUGGAAAACAUCGAGCUGAGUCUGGACAUCUUUAAAGCAAUGAAGAUGCUCGCAGUAGCCAGACGAUGCGCCGAUAUCGUUAAAGAAUUGCUCAACGUCGCGGCAAAGACUCAUUCCGUACAGCAGCGUCAGACGAGCGUGACUACGGAAGCCGAGACUACUCUAAGGAUGCAUGAAGAUGUUAGCCAACUAAUGCAGACUUCCCCAGCCUUCAUGUCAGAUGGUAUGGGUCUUCAUCCUGGGGAUACCGAGCUUGGAGACGCCAUGAUUCCUGGGGACUUCGAUGCAAAUUUGGUGGACCCGAAUGUUGUCUGGAAUUUCCUCAAUUUUGAGCAUUGGAAUGCGUGGUCUGAUGCAGCCUUCAGAUGA